GGGUUAGUGUCGGGACGUGAGGCAGUGGUGGGACCUACCUGUUUCGCCACCGACGGUGUAUAGAUGUAGCUGCAGAGUAGAGCUGCUCUCCUAGACUUGCUUUUUUCUUCUUCUUAUUUACAGCCCCUUCGGCCCCUUCCCAAGUCGCUCAAACAUACAGACAAGACUCUUCGGUUUCUUUCUCAUUCUCCUUCUUCUUAAUCCUCUGUUUCUCCGAGAGACAGACACCUACCCACUUUAUAGUAAUAGAAGUGAAAUAGUGAUAGAGAUGGAGUGCUUCUGAGUACUUGGGUAGAAAGGAACUGCGUUUUUAGCUGUUGGGGUGUCAGUUUAAUGGGUCUUGCUUCAUUGCAAGUUUGCAUGGAUUCGUCUGACUGGUUACAGGGCACGAUUCACGAUGACUCUGGGAUGAAUUCCUCCUCGCCGUCCGAGGACAUGCUCACAUGCUCGAGGCCCUUGAUGGAGAGGCGGCUGAGGCCACAGCACGACCAAGCUCUCAAGUGCCCAAGGUGUGACUCAACCCACACCAAAUUCUGCUACUACAACAACUACAGCCUCUCUCAGCCAAGGUACUUCUGCAAGACCUGCAGGAGGUAUUGGACCAAAGGAGGUACCCUCAGGAACAUUCCUGUGGGUGGUGGCUGCAGAAAGAACAAGAAGGUUUCUGCUAAAAAACCCAAUGAUCAACCCAUGAACCAAAAUCACCCAGGAUCUUCAUCCUCCCACAACCCUACCGAUCUUCAACUUUCUUUCCCUGAGGUGCAACUUUCUCAUCUUACUCAUAUCCUAGGCACGCAUGGGACGCUCGGGAACCCAAAUUUUAUGGACACCAAGUAUCAUGGGAUGCUCGAGAACCCUAGGCCUAUUGACUUUAUGGAGAGUACUAAGAUGGAAAAUGUUGCUGGGAAUUCUAGGAACUACGAUUUUAUGGGGAAUGGUGACUUGGGUAUGGUUGGUGGGCUGGGAGAUUUGAGCAGUGCCCAUGGUUUGGCACCAAAUUUUCAUGGUCUUUGCUCUCCAUAUGGAAUGUCCAUUGAUGGAAACAGUACUACUGGAACUUUCAUGGAGACAUGCCAGAGGUUAAUGCUGCCAUAUGAUGCAAAUGAUCAUCAUCAUCAUCAUCAGGACCAUACUGCAAUAGAUGUGAAGCCAAACACCAAGCUCUUGUCCCUUGAUUGGCAAGACCAAGGUUGUUCUGAUGCUGGAAAGGACUCGUUUGGGUAUCUCAAUGGUCUAGGUUUGUGGACCGGCAUGAUGAAUGGUUACGGAACAUCUUCAUCCAAUCCAUUAGUCUAAAGUAAUCUCAGCAUGCACUACUUCGAUCUCCACAUGAGUCAAAGAUGAUCUACCAACCAUGCAUGCAUGAUGAAUGGUUACGGAACUUCUUGAUCAUCCAGUCCUUUGUCUAAACUAAUCUCAGCAUGCAUUACUUGGAUCUCCACAGUCAAAGAUCUACCAACCAUGCAUGCAUCAUGGGUACUUGGUGUGAUUAGUAACGUAAUUAUCCCCAUUCAAUCUCUUAAGUUUAUCCAACUAUUUGUAUGUAUGCCUGUGAUGGAAAGAUUGUGUUUUUUUUUUUUUUUCGUGUUUCUUAAUUUCUACGAACGUGGUCUUCCAUCUCUAUGGACAUGAGACACGAGUGUGAAUGAGAAAACAUUAUGGUCCAAAAACGACAGCCUGAUUAAUUAGUGUCUCAAUUAUUAUGGGUUUAUGUAAUAUUAUAUAUAUAUUUCUUAUAAUCACCUUGUCAGAACUUGCUGUCUUGUGUGUACGACAUUCAAAUCUCUAGGAUUUUGUUGUAAGACCGAGGAAGAUAUGAUAGUACUUCUGCAUUUUAAAAUUGAAAAAAGUGCUUGAUCUUGCAUAGUC